AUGCCGCGCGCCUUCCUGGUGAAGAAGCCGUGCGUGUCCACCUGCAAGAGGAACUGGAGCGAGCUGCCCGACGAGGAGCGCGGCGAGAUCUACGUGCCAGUGAGCCUGGGCUUUUGCCCACCGCAGCCUUACCAUGAGCCUGAGCCAUCAGUGGCUGAACCCCCUUCCUGCCCGCUGGCUUUGGACAUGAGCCUCCGGGACCCCAGCUACAGUGUGGUCCCGGGACCCUGCGUGGUGGCCCAGCUGCCUUCCGAAGACACAGGCCGCCCUGUGGAGCCUCAGAGCAGGGAUCAUGGCUUCCUACGCACCAAAAUGAAGGUGACAAUGGGGGACAGUCCCAGCGGAGACCUCUUCACCUGCCACAUCUGCCAGAAGGCCUUCACCUACCAGCGCAUGCUCAACCGCCACAUGAAGUGCCACAAUGAUGUCAAGAGGCACCUGUGCAGCUACUGCGGCAAAGGCUUCAACGACACCUUCGACCUGAAGCGACACGUGCGCACACACACAGGUGUGCGGCCCUACAAGUGCAGCCUAUGUGACAAGGCCUUCACGCAGCGCUGCUCGCUGGAGUCGCACCUCAAGAAGAUCCAUGGCGUGCAGCAGAAAUACGCGUACAAGGAGCGGCGCGCCAAGCUGUACGUGUGCGAGGAGUGCGGGUGCACGUCUGAGAGCCAGGAGGGGCACCUGCUGCACCUCAAGGAGCACCAUCCCGACAGCCCACUGCUGCGCAAGACCUCCAAGAAGGUGGCGGUGGCGCUGCAGAACACCGUCACCUCCCUGCUGCAGAACAACCAGCACAUCUGA